AUGAUAUAUACUGCCGGAGUUGCCUUCAUACACCACAGUGGGAAUAAUGCAGGUGGGGAGGUGAAUUGGAUGGUUGAACGCAACGGCGUCGAUGGAUUGUCUCAUCCAUUCUCCCAGGACAGAGCCGACCUGCGAGCUGUUGUCGGAGCCAUCCGUUAUUACGCUUGGGCAAUUCCAGUAUAUAGCAACAUCAUCAUCGCCACCUCCUCGCGCUACGUAGCAUACGGCGCCUGUAGAACUCUCUACUCAUUUUUGCACGAUUGCUUUCCUCUGAGUGAAGGGUUUGAGCAGCACGAGGAUCUCUGGGCUGCAUUGGUGGAAGGGCUCAAUAUUCUCACAGCCAAGGGCACAAAAAUCAAGUUCUGGUUAAUCCCUUUGGGCGAACAUGGGCCAACAACGCUUUGCGCCUGGCGAGCCUUGUCUCUGCGGGGGAGGGCUAGGAAGUAUCAGGAUGCGCUUCCAAUUGGGAAGAAAGAUGCUUACAUCACCCGCGCUCCGCACGACAGCCUCGAGUUCUUCUCUCCUCGACGCUCCACGCUUAUGGAUCUUUCAUCUGUCCUCCCGGACUUCCAUACCAAGCCUUAUGCGCAUAUUAUCCCUCCGCUGGAGAGAAACCGCAUCAGCACGGUUGAUCUCAUCACUCUCGAUACCCUAGAGAUCGCCCGACGCGCUCACGUUCCACCUGCCGACGUCCGCCGACUGUGCGCCCAGAUCACCAAAGCCCUCCACCAUGAUACGGGAUUCGAGGAGAAUGUGGACCAUCUCGAUGCUGGAGAGCCUAGCUCAAGUCUCAAUGUCGACAUUCCGGUGUUCUUAGGUCCUUCUACCAAACUCAAUCUCUCCCAAUGGUCCUCCAUCAGCACGCUCGACCCCGCGCUUGAUGCCCUGCUCCACGGUGGGAUUCCCACCGGGUACCUGACAGAAGUGACCGGCGAAAGCGCGAGCGGGAAGACUCAGUUCCUCCUCACCCUACUACUGGCUGCUCAGCUACCCGCGCCUCGGGGCCUCAACAAAAGAGCUAUCUACAUCUCGACAGAAGCUCCCAUCGCCACGUCACGACUCACACAGAUGCUUGAAUUUCAUCCUUAUUUGUCGACGCUGUCGCAAGAUGCCGACAUCGUCCCGUCGCUGGAGAACAUCCUCUCCAUCAAUGCCAUGGAUCUCGAGUCCCAAGACCACAUCCUGAACUACCAGCUCCCAGUUGCCGUCUCCAGAUACAACGUCGGACUGGUGAUCAUUGACUCCAUCACCUCCAAUUACCGCGCCGAACACUCGUCCCAUAAUCUCCUGGGCCUGUCGACGCGAUCCGGCGAGCUCACCAAGCUUGGUCAGAUGUUGCGCAACCUGGCGGUGAAGGAGGACAUCGCAAUUGUCGUCGCAAAUCAGGUGUCGGAUCGUUUUGAGGGCAUGGAGGGCGUCGGUGGACCAGCUAAUCGACUAUUGCCAGGCGCAAGCCCGUUCUCGCCCUCAACGCAACACCAACAACCACCCUCGACGGCAUCGCCGCUGGCACGACGAUCGCGCCCGAUGCUGCCGGAUCUAAACAACAUUGAGUCCUCCCAGUCCAAUGGGGUCCUUCCCUCUUCUCCUCCGACCCUUACAUCGUCGCCAUAUGUGGCGGAGGAAGACCCACAACAGCAGCAGCAGUUCGAUGGUUCGUAUCUGGUCGCGGACCCUGUUCGCAACGAGAUCCUGAGCCUCCUGCAUCAGCAACGAUUCUUCACCGGAUGGGGCGAUACUCCCUAUUCGACAAUUCCGAGUUCCUAUGCUGGUGGCUUCCCGCGAUAUCAAUCUCAGAAGACCCCGGCCCUCGGCCUGGUGUGGUCCACUCAGAUUGCUUGUCGGAUUGCGUUGAAGAAGGAGGAAAUUUCCCUGACGACAGAUCAUCUGAUUUCAGAGCACCUUGUGUCUGGGCUGUCUCCUGCUGAACCGCUCAAAGAAUUCAAGCCGACGGGCGAAGAAGGUCCUGGAGCGCAGGGCAAACCAUCAGACACCGAGGCUUCUUCAACAGAACAGGAUGUAACGGACAAAGUGAAAGAGAAAGAGCCCGAACCGGACCCGGACAAAGUAGCGAGCUCGCAGCCUCAGUCCCAGCCACCGCCUGCAGCCUCCCAGGCUAUCGACCGCUCGGUGCGGAGGACGAUGAAACUGGUGUUUGCACCUUGGGCUGCCGCAUCAUCCGAGGAAGUGGAGUUUACGAUCUGGAAGGGAGGACUGAAGAGUGAAGGUUGA